AUGGAACCCGCAACGCUGCGCAGGCAUACCCAACGUGGAAGCUAUGAUAUCAAGUCAGCAAAGGCUGUCUUCGACGAUUGCUACAUGGCUCAUGUCGCGUACAUCGAUAAUGGUCUCCCACAAUGCCUGCCUAUGAUUGCUUUGGUCACGGAGGAAGAGGAAGAACAUGAGGGAGCCAAUGGCUGUACGGACACUGCGUACUCAGGAGAAUGCUUGAACGGAGGCGAUAAGACGAACAAGAUGGUCGUAUAUCUGCAUGGACAUCCUAGUAUGAGACUAGCAGAGUUGACAUGCGAGGGCAGCCGAGGGAGUGACCCGCCCAGAGUCUGCAUCACAGCGACCAAGAUUGACGGCCUCGUUCUUUCCUCGGCUCCCAACGGCCACACAUUCAACUACCGCAGCGCCGUAAUACACGGAACAUGCACUCCCAUUACCAACGAACCCGUGAAGCGCAACGUUAUGCGCGCAGUCACAAAUCACAUCGUCGCCCAUCGAUGGGAGGAAGUCAACCCCGUCGCUUCAUUCCAGGUCGGCCUGGUGUCUGUGAUUAAAGUAAGCAUCGACAAACUGUCAGUCAAAACCCGCACAGGUCCGCCGGGAAUCCAGCCUCGAAAUAGGGAGGUCGACGGACCGGAUAUUGAAACGCCGCCAUGGGUGGGCGUUAUCCCGCUCUGGGAGCAGUUGGGAACGCCGGUUGAUAGUGGGUUGAGCCCUGGUGCGGUGAUUUCGGAGAAUUUAGACAAGUACAUUGAUGGAAGAAACGCGACGCAACGAGAGUAUGCGCAACGGAUGGCAAGAUGA